AUGUUAAAGCAAGUGGAAGUAGAAAAACUACAUAAAUAUGAUCUUCUUGCUGGAGAAUUAUCUCAAAUCCACGGUGCAAAGAUAACGAUAAUCCCCAUUGUCCUCACAUGGGACGGGAUAGUUUCUAAAUUCUAUAAGUCUUAUAUGGAAAGACUGAAGUUGGAUGCUUCCACUAGAUCGUAUAUACAAUCGCUGACGAUUAAAAAGACAUUGGAGACCAUGCUUGUUGAACAUAAACAUGGAGUGGAAAUUGAAAAACAUGAGGAACAAGUUUCGAGGGCCACCAACCACCUCCUAAAAUUGGUUAGAGAAACAACAGAUCCACCAGAUUUGCCGGAAGAUGUGUCUCAUGUGUCAUAUGAAGUGUUAGAGGAGGAGAAUACGCAGAUCCAAUGCAACGGUUCAAAAAGGAGGAGAAUUAUACAGAUUAGUUAG